AUGGCGGGCGACAUGAUCCGCGAGAAUUGCGAACUCCGCAAUCACGCCUCUAAGGAAUUGCAGCAGGCUGCAGCAGCCGGGUUGUCAACGGCUGUGGGGCUGGGGCCACGCUUUGAGGGACCACGGUUCGAAGGGCAACGGCUCGAUGGAUCUCGGUUUGAGGGGCCACCUCGGUUUGAGACAUCUCGGUUUGAGACAUCUCGGUUUGAGGGCCAGCCGAUGGCGUAUCGGAAGCCGCAGAGUUCGUCUCCCGGUUACCCCGGUUCGAUUCCCGGUGCUGUCGCCGUCGCGGGCGCGUCGGGUCGCGGGUCGUUUGGUGGACGCGGGUCUUUUGGCGGCCGUGGGUCGUUGCCAGGGUCGCAGCUUGGGGGAGCGGCGUUCAACACCGCUCCGGCAAUUUCGAUCCCGGCCAUUACGACGGUGGCCUCUCUGCAGCAGAGCUUGGGGGCUGCGCCGUCGCCCCCUUAUAGCCUGGGCCCGAUCCGACCGGCGGCCUUGGGUGCCGCGACAUAUCCGGUUCCGGCGAUUAUUGGAGCGAACCGCAGUAGUGGCGCUCCGGGUUCAGUGCCGACGACCCUGGGUUCGAUUCCCACGACUGGGUUCUCACCACAGGGGAGCGGAAACCUUUCCCCUCGAGGUAGUGGGGGGUUGGUAUUGCCGCCGCCGGCCCCGCUGGCUGCGCCUAGUCAGGUGGGCGGGCCGUAUUGGACGGACACGGUGACUGAUUUCAGUGGGAAUGAGAUGGAUGCAAGCGACGCGUUCUCAUCCUUCUUUCCGCAUAGUCACGUGGGUUCACGUUUCGACCCGCCGCGUUUCGGGUUAUGGAGUAGCAUGAGCGAAGAUACUAAGCUCGACGAGAUCAAGGCGUUGUUGGAAAUGGAUUUCCGGCCAAGGCUGGACAAGAUGUUGUCCUUUCUGCAAGCGAUGACCGGAGGCGGGAUGACCGGAGGCGGGAUGACCGGAGGCGGGAUGACCGGAGGCGGGAUGACCGGAGGCGGGAUGACCGGAGGCGGGAUGACCGGAGGCGGGAUGACCGGAGGCGCAGUCCUGGGGGGUCCACCGAAUUCGGGCAGCAGCUACGAUGAUGAAAUGGCCAUUAGUGUCACUCACUUAACGGAUCCGAUUCCCAAGACAGAAAUCGAUGGCUGUUCCUAUAACGUGUAUAUCAUGCAUGAUGGUCCACCCUAUCUUCUUAGGUGUACCCAAUGGAAGGACAAACUCCUCUCUUCAGAGAUACUACACCUUCCAGUCAAGCGUGCACAACUUGUUACGGGUUACGUAAUUGAUGACUACUUACAUGUACUCGGCAAAUUCACUUUCAUAACAGAACAGUGCGAGUCCAUCGAAGUUAGAUUGGACAACCAUGUCAAGCUCAGAAUCUGUAUGGAGUAUUUCGCAUUGUUUACCAACCUCGGUCCAACCAGACUAAGUAAGUUAAAGUACUAG